CAUUAUUGUUAUUAUUAUCAUUCCUCACUUUUCACUUUUCAAGUCUUCACUCAACGAAUAAAUCUUCGCGGUUUCUACUAUUUUCUAGCGCAAUUUUCUCUCAAUUUCUUCGAGAAAUCCUCAAUCCACACAACAAUGAAUGGAUAUUCUCAAAACAGUUUUAGAGGUGGCUGGAAUAAUAUGCCACCCACUGAUUUUAGUGAGGGACAAAUUCCUCAUGGUAUUGGUGGUCGCGCCUUUGCUGAUGACUGGCACAUACCACAUCAAAUGCCGGGAUACUAUGCUCAUAACUGGCACAUACCACGUCAAGCGCCGGUACACUAUGGUCAUAACCGGUACAUACCACAUCAAGCGCCAGCACACUAUGUUUAUAAUAGGAACUUACGACAUCAAACACCGACGCAUCAUGCUGAUAACAGGCACUUAUCACAUAAAAAGCACUUGCCACAUCCAACUUCAAUACACUAUGCUGAUAAUAGGAACUUAUCACAGCAAACACCUAAAGACGGUGCUGAUAAGAAGUGCUUACCACAACAAACACCUAAAGACUGCGCUGAUAAGAAGUGCUUACCACAACAAACACCUGAAGACUGUGCUAAUAAGAAGUGCUUACCACAACAAACACCUGAAGACUGUGCUGAUAAGAAGUGCUUACCACAACAAACACCUAAAGACUGUGCUGAUAAGAAGUGCUUACCACAACAAACACCUGAAGACUGUGCUAAUAAGAAGUGCUUGCAAGAUGAGAUUCGUGAUCUUAAGAAGUUUAUGAAAAAUCAUAAAAAAAGAAAGAGACAUGAAAAAAAGUUAUUAAAACAGCAGUCAACGAAACAUAAAACUUCAAGUGGAGAAGAGAUUAGACAUAAUCAAAGUUCUCAAAUUAGUAAAGAAGCCAAUGCAUCUAAGAAGAACUCAACAGAACAAACACCUGAAGUCCAUGCUGAUAAACAGUGCUUACCACAACAAACAUCAAAAGACUUGGCUAAUAAAAAGCCCUUACCACAUCAGAAGCCGGAAGCAUUUGUUGAUAACAAGUGCUUACCUCAUCAAAUGUCAGAGCACUAUGCUGAUAAGACGAACUCAUUACAACAAGCACCCAAAGACUAUGCUAAAAAGAAGAGCUUACCACCGAUUAUACAUUGUGAAAUUUGUUAUGUUCAGUUUCAUCCCAGCUGUUUGAAAGAUCAUAAUAAUGGCAAGAAACAUCAAAGAAGUUUAUUAGAACUACGUAAGAAAUCAAUGAAACCUAAAGAUUCAAAUGGGAAAGAGAUUAGCCAUAUUCAAAGUUCUCAAAUUAGUCCAGUAGUUCAACCUAAGAAUGUUCCAGCUGAAAUGUCUAAAAGGAAAGUCAGAGAUAACACUGAUGCAAAGGAUCAUGGUUUUAAACACGAGAUUGAAGGAGCUACAGGAGGUAAGUACAUGAAGAUGAAUAAUGGGAUUAGAGGGUCUGUAAAAAAUGAUCAGCCACAGUCAACGCCAGUUGAAUUGAAGGCCUCAGCAGGCGCUAACAUUAUUGUCAAAAAAGAAUAUAUAAGUUGUGAUUUAGCUGCAACAGUAAUACCACAAGGUCAUGUGGCUUCUCAUGUAUCCACACCACCACCAGCAGUAGAAUCAAGUUUUGAACCCAAAAAUCAUAUUGAUUUACCGAGAGAAGUAACAGUAGCCAAAGAACAUCACAAGGUUCAGAAAUAUGGUGUGGAAACAAAUGAUGAGCCGCAAUUAAUCUCAAGGGAGUUACAAUCCUUUGGGUGUUGUAAAAUUAGCUCCGUGGCUGAAGAUAUAAGAAACAACCAAACAGAAGUUGUGAAUUCUGAUUCUACAGGAAUGGAAACAUAUAUAGAAACACUUGCAUCCCUAAUGCCAGAUGCGGUGGGGUCAAGUUUUGAGCCUGUAACUGAGUAUGGUCUAGAUACUGAAACAGAACCGCAUAUGUCGGAAGCCAUAUUAUAUACUGAGAGCCAACAUGCCGCGGAGGAAACGGAUAUUGAACUGCUACCACCUGUCUUAAUGGAGAUUGAUGUCGCUUUAGGGGUCAGUGCUGAAACCAAAACUGCAGAUGGAAAUUCUCAAGCAAAAACGAAGAUGGAUGUCGAACUCUCCCCUGAAUCAGGGAAGACUAAAUUGCGUAAGGUGUCUGUUUGUCUUAUGUGUGGCAAUAAAGGUUUUGAAAAGGCAAUAGUAUAUUGCAGCAAAUGUGGAGAUUAUGCAAUGCAUAGAUAUUGUUUAGCCCGUCCUGUGGCUUUAACCGACAAGGUUACUUGGUUUUGUAUCGAUUGCGAAGAAGUGGUAGUAAAAGCAGAUCAUCCUAACAGUGAGACUCCAAAAUCAGAAAAAGAUGAUGUUGUUUUUGAUCCGCAGCCUAUUGCUGAUCCAAUCUGGAGGGGAAGUUUGCAGGUUUUCAACAAAAGCUUUGAUAGAAUCAGUGGACUAAUGGGCCAUUUGUCCACAUUAGCUAGCCCUAAAGUUCUUGAGGAGGCAAGUCAUCUCCCUGAUGUGCUUUAUGCAAACUUGCUUCAAAGAUCAGCUGUGUGGCCAGAGAGCUUCAAGAAAUUUGGAACAAAUAAUCAGAGCAUUGGCCUCUAUUUCUUUCCUGAGAAUGAAAGAGUUGAGAGAUAUUAUGACCAGCUAGUUGAUGAAAUGAUUUCCAAAGAUCUUGCCAUUAGAGUCAUGGUUGAGAAAACAGAGCUUAUAAUUUUUCCUUCUACAUUACUCCCAAGACAAUACAAGAGAUUUCAUUCAAAGUAUUAUUUAUGGGGAAUUUUUAAAAGAAAGCAAGUCUCAAGAACCAUCAAAGAUACAUAGUUUAUUGAAAUGAUGUUGAUGACUCUUAACGAGAUAAUAGUCUUUUUUGUUACCAAAAAUGUAAUACCACAGUGUAAUUGUAUAUUUAAUAAUAUAAGAUAGGGUAAUGCAAUAACACACCCACUUAAAAAUUAGAAGGUGUGUAUUAGCAUGAUACACCUCUUUAAAUUGAUCAAUAGAAUUUUUUCUCUUUCUUCACAACUAAUUACAUUUAGCACUAUUAAUAUAGAACUUUUCCUUUCUCUUUCCUCAUAACUAAUUAUUAUUGUAUUGUUCAACAUUU